GGUAUAAAAGCGGUUUCAAGAUUAAGAGUAGCGUCAAACACAUAUCGCGAUUUGUACACGGUGAUAUGAUCAUCGCAACGUUUAUACCGUUCUUUUUAGCUGUGCAACUUCCCAUCGAAGAUGGUGCAUGGCCAUAUGGACCCGAAUAUGUCUUCACCGUUCACAUGAAUGUGACGGGAACACCGGAGUGUUCCGAUAAUAUUCAAUCGUGCAAAACUCAGUCCGGUUAUCGUAUUACUUCUCGAUUAUAUUGUAUCCCGAAGAAAAAUGAUACUCUGAACUGUAGCUUCAAGCACGUUGAUGGCUUCAACUUUGGAACAAUUGGCGAGGAAGGCGAUGUUGCGAACCGACGAAAGAAUAUCACUGGAACGGUUAUGGAGCUGAUUUAUAACGAGGAAGGCAUCGAGGCUAUCAUCGCGAGCCAACUGACACGAGUCUAUGAUCUCAACAUCCUGAAGAUGGUGGCCGAGCAAUUGAAUCCCGGCGACAAUUUCGACAACAUCGGAAACGGUACAUUCCAUGGUAUCGCUGAAUCCACUAUAGGCAGGUGCAACGUCACCUUCGAUUUGUAUCGCCGUCCCAGAACUGAAUAUGCGGAAACAGAGAUUCGUCGCGAUUUCCGAUUGAAACUAUUGCCGUCGACAUUACAGCAUACGGCUUCUACCGACAUGUACUUCAUUGACAAGACAACAAAUAUUAAUGAUUGCAAUUGUUAUGCAGACGGUUACUUUCGUAAAUAUGGUGACACGGUCGUUUGUGAACAUUUACAAGCAGAUUUGGAAUUUAUGAGUAGCCAGAUGAAAAUCAGUGAAAAUAGUUUUAGUUCGUAUACAAUGAGAAAGGGCACAUCGGUUUCGAACAAUGAGACGUACACCAUACAUGAAAUUACGAGCAUAAUUUUAGAAGAUAUUCAACCUGCCACAACAGAUUCUCCUAUAAUCAUGAGACCGGGUAAAACCAAGUUAUUUGCUAAUCAUGAUGUAAAAAGUGUUUCUACUAAUUAAUAAUAAAAACAAUUGUAAAAUA